AUGGCUCCAUUGAAGCUGAAAACCCCUCCGCAAGCUCCACCCGUCUUCACCGCCACUCCGACUUCUGUGGUUGAAGACACCAAAAAAUUCAUUGAUGUGUCAAGAAAGCUCACUGACGACAUCGUUGCCAAAGUCAAGGAACAGGAUGCGAGCUUCGAGAAGGUCGUUCUGCCCAUGGCGCAUGAUGAGAACAGGCAAGGUUUAGUGGCGCACAUCCUCGGCUUCUAUCAGUCUGUCUCGACGGACCAAGAGCUUCGUGACGCAUCCACUGAGGCAGAGAAGAUGAUGGAUGAUUUUUCCAUCGAAGCAUCAAUGCGCGAGGAUGUGUAUAAAUUGGUGGACGCGGCGCUGAGGAAGGGUGACAAGCUAGAUCCUGAAUCGCAGCGGUUGUUGGAGAAAGAGCACAAGGGCUACAUCAGAAACGGUCUCAACAUUCCGGCUGGCCCGAAGCGCGAUAGAUUCAAGGAGAUCAAGAAGAGACUCAGUCAGCUCAGCAUCAUCUUUCAGAAGAACCUGAACGAAGAGAAAGGAGGCUUAUGGCUUACACCAGAAGAAUUGAAUGGUGUUCCAGAAGACGUUUUGUCUGGGCUCAAGAAAGAGGAGGGCAAAUAUUGGCUGACAUUCAAAUAUCCGGAUCUUUUCCCCACCUUGAAGUAUGGGACGAACAGUGCAACCAGACAGAAGGUCUUUAUUUCCAACGAGAACAAGUGCAAUCAGAAUGUGCCGUUGUUUCGGGAAGCAGUUCUAUUAAGAGAUGAGGCUGCUCGACUGCUGGGAUACCCAAAUCAUGCCGCAUUUAAGAUUGAGGACAAGAUGGCCAAGACCACCAAAACCGUGGACGACUUCCUUGGAGACUUAAGGUCUCGGCUCAGCGAUGGUGGUGUAGCAGAGAUCAAAACCCUCAAAGAAAUGAAGAAGAAGGACCUCGAAUCCCGGAAUGAGAAAUUUGAUGACCGUUACUACCUCUGGGACCAUCGUUUUUACGACCGAAUGAUGGAAGAGCAGGACUAUUCUCUGGACCAACAGUUGAUAUCCGAAUACUUUCCUCUUCAGACCACCAUCCAGGGUAUGCUGCAGAUCUUUGAGGAACUCUUUGGUCUGGUCUUUGUCGAGAUUACUGGGUCAGAUCGCGAUGCAAUCUCGCCCUCCGGCAAAGGCAACGAUAUAGUCUGGCAUGACGAAGUCCAAGUCUUCAGCGUGUGGGACGAUGAAGGUGAAGGCAGUGGAUUCGUGGGGUACCUCUACCUAGAUCUCUUCCCCCGACAAGGCAAAUACGGUCACGCAGCCAACUUCAACCUCCAGCCCGGCUUCAUCAUGGAGAACGGCACCCGUCGCUAUCCUGCCACCGCCCUGGUCUGCAAUUUCUCCAAACCCACCCCCAAGAAACCCAGCCUCCUCAAACACGAUGAAGUAACCACCCUCUUCCACGAACUUGGGCAUGGCAUCCACGACCUGGUCUCCCGAACCACCUACUCGCGCUUCCACGGCACCAACACCGUGCGCGACUUCGUCGAAGCACCCAGCCAGAUGUUGGAGAAUUGGUGCUGGACCCCAUCCCAGCUGAAAUCUUUAAGCCAUCACUACUCGUCUCUGUCCCCGGAGUACUUGGAAGCGUGGAAAGAACAGGCCGGCCCUACCAACAGUAUCCAGCAGCCAGAAGAAAAGAUCCCAGAUGACCUGAUCAGCAAGCUGAUCAAGACUAAGAAUUUGAACGGAGCGCUGUUCAACCUGCGCCAACUCCACUUCGGUCUAUUUGACAUGUUCAUCCAUGAACCGGAGUCGCAUGAAGCAUUAGAACAGGUCAAGAUCUCGGAGAAAUAUAACGGGCUGAGGAAGGAGCUCUGUCACCUCGACGGGCCAGAGGUGUUUGGGCAGGGAGACAACUGGGGCAAUGGACAGGCUACCUUUGGCCAUUUGAUGGGCGGAUAUGAUGCGGGCUAUUAUGGUUAUUUAAGUUCACAGGUGUACUCAACCGACAUGUUCUAUAGCGUGUUCAAAGCCAAUCCCAUGAACGCCACCGAGGGCCGGAGAUAUCGACACACAGUGCUCGAGAAGGGAGGCAGUCAGGAAGAGAUGAAGACGCUGGUGCAAUUUUUGGGCAGAGAGCCCAGACCGGAUGCAUUUUAUGAGGAGUUGGGGUUGAAGAAUUGA